GCCGCCACGACGUUCAUACCGCACCGCCGCCACGUUCGCACCGCCUCCUUGCUUGUACCAAACGACAACUUUGUCGCAGUGUGACGCCACCAGCUUGGUGACCUCCCUUCCCUUGAUGGCGGGGGACAUCCACUGGUUAUAAAGUGUCGGCUCCUUGCAAUAUAUAUAAGUGCCCCGGAUAUAACGAGAGCUGCGCUGGCUAGACACCUUGCCAGCGUCUUGAGGAUCUGUGUUGUGUAGCGGUGCUCCUCGGGACUAACAGCUCCGUUAUAUAGGAAGAAAAUGUCAGGAGUGUAGCGAUAUGUGUUACGAAUCACUCGUAAGCCCUAAAUACAAGUUUGAACAUUUACAACAAAGAACAAGAAAACAUUCCCGCUAAACACAGAGAACAUUGUACCGGGGGACACAGUGAUGGUUUAGCCAGGCUCGUGAGCGACAGGUCUGGCGCCCCGCCACAUUCUGAAGGAAGAACACGCAGGGGCCUAUGUGGACGCAGCCCGGACCCGCCUAGUGGAGGGGGUGGCCCACGGCCGGCCUAGUGGAGGGGGUGGCUCAGGACGACUCCACGCGCCUACUUAAAAUGUAGAAGUCAGCAGGUGAAACAGCCAGCCAGGCAGGAGCUGAGGUACGCUCUCACCUGCUUGUAUCGCCUGCCCGCCUCCCGCCCAAACUCGCCCGCCAAAAAGCCCGCCCGCCCGCCCGCCUGCCUGCCUGAAGUGCGCGCGCGCAGCUUUGGGCCGCAGCAGGCCAGCCAUGUGCACCUUAAGACUGUGUCUGGUGCACAUGAUGUACAACUCCAUCAACGUGGUGAUAGCGCUGGUGUGCGGGAUCAUCACAGCCUUCCUCAUGGUGCUGGCGCUGGCCUCCUCUGACUGGCUGCUGGCUGUGGGCUGGCGCCAGGGGCUCUUUGAGCACUGCGUCGAGCCCGGAGCCCCCAAGCCCCUGCCCUUCCAGAUACACGCCGAGGCUGGCUGUCACACCGCCAGGGAUGAACCAUACAUCAUGGCGAGCGCGGCGCUGUGUGUCAUCUGCCUGCUGCUGGACGUCUUCGCCACCAUCAUGACAGGGAUGGGCCUCAGCAGUAAUGACCCCGGCCUCAAGAGCCGCUACUACCGCAUCGCUGUCUGGGUCAUGACCCUCGCAUUGAUCGCCAUUUUGGUGGCCCUAAUUUUGUACCCAGUGUUCUUUGCCCAGGAGCUAGAGCUUGGAAAUCGCACACUGUGGGAGUUUGGCUGGGCAUAUGGAGUAGGCUGGGGAGCUGCCAUCUUCUUGUUUGGGGCUGUAGUACUGCUAUUGUGCGACCAGGAAGAGGAAGAGAUCUACUACAAGGAACGUACGAUCAUCCACGCUGAAAAUGACUCUAGGGCCUAAGGUGGACCAACAAAUAAGCAUGUUGCAGAGGUCUUGUAGUAUUGUAUUCUGACAAUACGAAGACUAACUACAGUGACUUAUCUAACACGGAUAUCAAACACAGAUAUUGGUUUAAUACUAGCAGCAUGAAAUUAAAGGUUAUCACUGACAGUGUUACUGCAUGCUGCUCAUUAAACUCUCAAUGAGAUAUUUGGGGAAUAAAGACAAAAAAUGGCGAGAGGACCAGUAUCAUGGCGGUAUUGAUUCCUAGACAAAUUUGCCAGUCCAUGGUCUCUAGCCCAUUUCCUCGUGUGAAUGAGCCUAUCAUUUGCUGUUUAUCCUCAGAUGGUAUUACUUAAGAGUGUUGUGACAGCCUGAGUGUGUGAACAGUGUGUUUGUUGUACAUGUAUAUUUUGUGUAUAUCCGAUACCUACAAUUUUCACUCAUUCUUCUCUUCUGUGCAUGUCCCUAUAUCCCUGUCAAUGCCAGAUUUCAUAGUAAAAACUUGUAGGGAACUUUUGCUAUGCUCUUGUUGGAGACAUUUUAUAUGAGCUGGGUCUCAUCGUGAGAGUACUGUAAACAAAAUAUAUUCCUGCAGGUAAUUUCUUACUUAGGAAGUGUGUUUUAGUUUUCAUAUUACAGUAUAUUUCUUUCCUUCAAGGUGUUUGUCGUAAGAGCAGAUUACCUGAAUAGGGAUAUACACCCACUUUUGGAAAAUGGCAGUAAAUUUCUGACCAAAGUUCAGUUAAGUUUAGCUGGAUAAAGCUGCCAGGCCAUGAUAAUAAUGAAAACGCAUUAUAUGUCAAUUUGACAUAUUAAUGGAACGUACAUAUCUACCACUGUAGGAAUCUAAUCAGUCAGUAGAUAAAUUUAGAUAAGCUAUGGUGUUCAAAUUUCGUAAAUUUCAUAUUAGAUGAGAACUCUUUUUUUUUUUUUUUAUCACAAUUUUUUUAGUUAGCAAUUUUAGAAGUGAACAUUUUCAUAUAAUUUUAGUAUGCCUGCAUUAAUCUUGAAAUUACUUAAACCAGUCAUUUUUAAAUAAUAAGUUUUCUUUCAUACAUUUUGUACUUCAAUAUUUUGGACAAUUGUACAUUUUGUUCUUGUAGAAGUUUGGCAUUUAUCAUCCUUUUAGUUUUAUGCUUUAUCACCCAUGUCUUCAGAGAGCUAAUGCAGUUUCAUCUAAUUGCAUGCCCAUGGAAUGCAUAGGAAGUGUCCUUGCCUAACCUUUACUCUCAACAAAAUUAGAGGGCUUCAUAUAGCCAAAUACAGUACUCUGGCUUUUUAUAGCAGUUUAAGCAUGUCAUUAUAGUCUUUACAUUUCUUAAAUUAAAAGUAAAAAGUUAAUACAAAUUAUACAUUUCAGGUAUGGAAUCUUAAACUCCAUUUUCUUAACUGCAAAAUCAAAUUUGAAUCUGUUAAAAAAUGAUCAAUAUUAUGUACAGUAAUUGAAUCCCUGGAAACUUUCACUUGACAAUUAGCAGAAGCUCUCUUACCAUUACCACUUGAUAAUUAGCCCAGGUGCAGCUUGUAAUGUAACUUGGCUACUCUGCACUCUUAUGUCAGAGUUAGUUACCAUUGUUUGAUUGUAGACACGUUUUUCACAGACUUGAAUUCUUGAAUUAGCACUUGAAUAAUGGUAACUACAGUGCCAAAUAUGGUAGGAGAAUCACUAGAGCUUAAAGUACAGUAUGAUCAGUCUCAUGUACUAAUGCUAAGAAUUUCAGCCCAAGUUAAUAUGAAUUUCUGCCAUUAAAGAAUUUGCAUAAUUACCUGUUUUAAUGAGGGGAAGAAACUUGGAUGUCAAGUAGUGACAAUCAUUUUUCAUACGUGCACAAAGUACCCCAUAGUUCAGUAUAUAGGUCGUCGUGUCAUAACGCUGUGAUCGGUGAUGACUUAUAGACGAGACAGCAAGUUGGAAGUAUCUAAUGAGUGAAUACAACUGUACUCUGUCAUGUUGAAAUAAAAUAUAAAUCUUGAGGAACUACAUUAGACAGUCACUUACAGUAUAGGUCACUAAUUAUAAUCUAGGGAUAUGGAGGCAGAGAGAGACACUUAUCAUCUUUAGAAUAUGUAAUGUGUAGGCCUUAAUAGUGGUUCACAUUUUUUAGUAUUGACAAUACUACCAACAAUGAUUAAUUGGAUAUAAAUUUAUAUAUUCAUUGAUCAGUAAUCUGUUUUAGACAAAAAUGGCUAAAUAUUCUUUCAAUACAUAUCAUUUGUAUAGUAUAAAAUGUGGUAUGUGUAAAUAAAUAUUGUAGUGUAACAUUGGGGAAGUGUUCUAAAUUAAUGCUUAAGGUCUGGAUUUUAGAGUCUAGAAUAUCAUGUCAUGGUCAGUUUCUCUAGUUUUCUUUGACAACCUUGAGGUUAGCUAGAGUUGGUUCCAAGAAUCAAUGUUUCUGCAGCCCAAUCUUUGACCAGGUCUUCACUAUUAGCUUCUAUCAUAAAUCUGCAUAAGUAAAUUCUGAUGAAGGCUUGUAUCUCUCCUUCCAUACUGCACCUAAAUAUACAGUCAGAAACAACACUCCACGUACAGUGUCGGAGGCAUGUAGUGCGCUACCAUUGUAUAUAAUGCUUUUUUUCUUUUAAUUUUCAUAUAUUGUAUACUAAAGUGCAAAUGAUUUUAUAGAUAUCUUUAGUUUCUAAAAACAGAAUGGAGGUUGUGAAUAUUUUUUAUUACAAUUAUUAUUAUAUCCUCAAGAUGCCCUCUGUUUAUUAGAAUGUUAAUACUGGAAAAAUAAGUUCACACAUUAUACUAAAAUAAAUUAGACAUUUUAGAUUUUGUAAGCUGUGAGAUAAAUAUUUUAUAUAUUUGUACUGUACCUUCAUUUGACGAUGAAAAUCACAGCCUCAAGAGCUUUUACUCCCAGCUGGCUUGUGUUUAAGGAAUCAACUUAAAAAUGCUGAAAGAUGAGUAUUUCUCUAAAGAAAUAUAUUCAACCCAAUAAUGUGAUUGGUGCACUCAGCAUGCCUUAAGAAAUAUGUCCAUUGACAGUGUCACUGAAACACUAGAUGCUGCACCAAAUCAUGUACAACUAAAUAUACAGUUAUUACAUGUCAGACAGAGCCUUGGGACAUCAAACAUGGUUCAGUAAAUUUAUUGCUGCAGUGUACUGUGGCGACUUCACCAAAAUUUGCCUUUUGGCAGACUUGAACUGUAGACUUGUGGAUUGAACUAGUCAUGAUAUUUCUCACCAGUACAUGAUAAUACUAUUCUGAACUGAUAUUAAUUUGAAUUUGGAACUUGCUUUCUAUUUAAAUUACUGAUCACUUGGAUUUUGUUAAUAAAAGAUUACAGCAGCUAUUGCUGAUUAGGGCAUGCAUGUUAAUAUUUCCAUUAUCAAUCGUUUCUUGCCUAUUAUAUUUAGUUAAUACUUUUCAGCCCUUUGCCAUUGUUCAUGCAAGAUGAAAAUCAUAUUAAUGAUGUACUGUGGAUGAAGUUAAUCUCCAGUCUACAAGAAAGUUUCCCUUUUGAAACCAUAUUGCCAAGUAUUGUUCAUUAUCAAUAUAUUUUGCCUAUAUUUUAAGUUAUCAAAUGCUGUAUGUUUGGAUAUUGCCAUGGAACACUGAAUAAUGUAGGCUGACCCUUCCUGUCCUUGAAGAGGCCUCUGAAGGAAGUUCUUCCGACUUGUUCAGUUUGUGAUCUUUUUGAAAAUUGUGUAAUAUUCUUACAAUCUGUUGAUAAAAGGAACAAGACAAGUUAUUCCAUUUUUUAAGGGGGGGGGGAGCAAACUAAUAGCCAACAGUGAUUUUUGAAGAGGUGUAGAGUUUCACUUCCUUCAGCCUGCCAGCUUCCAAUGACUAGCCUCGCAUGUCUGAGGUGGCAAGACGCUAGUCCUCUCGUAGCAAUAAAAACAGCUUGGCUUCUCUAAAAUAAGUAGCCAAUUUGUUUUCACUCCAAUAAACUGAGUUCCACGAGUUGCUGGAUUGUUUUAAUGGUCUGUAAAUUCUAGAUUUUAUGUGAAAAUACAAAGUCUUUAAUAUAUUAUUGAUAUACAAA